ACCUGUUUCUCGAAGCCGACACGCGCUCCGUCAUUCUCGCGCGCACACAUACACAAGCAUACAUCCCUUACGUACGUCACUCGCCCUCAUAUAUAGAUACAUAUAUGCUCCUCUCACGGUUCAACCACUCACCCUUGCGAAACGGCGUCGCGUACUCGCGUACGGACACGUGUGCCUAAGUGUGCGCACACGUAUAAGUGAUACGUGCACACAGAUACACGCAUAUCCAUUUUUCCUAAAAUCACACAUAUAACACACACACACACACACACGCACAAUAUAACCCACACACCAUCUACAUAUCCACACGUAUACACACAUGUCGCAUCAAUAGUCGCGCAAUCAACGAUACGCGCGAUACAGAUAGAUACGUGUUGCGGUGUACAAGUAUGCACGCGAGUUAGAAGACAACGUCAUAGUCAGGAAAGAGAGCCGAAAAACCGCAAAUAUAGGUGGUGCAUACACACAUCAGCGUGGCUCACAUGUCGCCGCCCACACUGUGUACGCGCGCACGCGAGACACCAGCGACGAGUCGUGCACCCUUAACGAGCGGUCGUCGUCAUCGUUGACCGUCAAUCACGCGUGCCGAUCCGCGUGGGAGCAGAUUCCUCGCCUAGCCUAAACAAUUGCCUGUAAUCUUUCCGAUCGAAAGGUCCUUCAAUUUGUCGUAGAUACAUCUUUCGCGAGAAAGAUCGGUCCGGCGAGUUCAAUCCGAGUACACGAACGAGCAUAACGAUUAUUGGAAUACACUGGGUCCCGGAGCGCCACUUCGAGGAGUAAACUUUCGAGACUCGGAGUUUCCAACCGACGCCAAGGCGUCUUCGAGAGAAGUAACCCUAUAGCGUCAAAAUAGCGCGUCAACGAUCGUUUUAACGAGAGGACAAAACCAGAGCCUAAGAAAAAAAAGAUCGCGAGAAGGCGAGGAUCAGCAACAAUCCACUUUGCCGUCAACGGGUCAUGCACCUCGUUGAGAAGGUGACGACGAACUUGCAAGAGCGAGCUCGGCUCGACACGGCGACCUCACUUGCUUGAAGACAAGUUCUGGACCUGUAGUAGCAGCCUAAACAACCAGUGAUCUUCCUACAGAUAUAUAGACAAAUAUAUACAUAUACAUAUAUACAUACAUACAUAUUGCACAUACUUGACCGUCGUACGCGCGUCUAUUUUUGUUGCCACCGUCGCGCGCCGCGCAAGAAAGCGGCUUAAGAAACGACGAAGUAUAAAAGAGUUCCAAAAUAUCACUUGUUAAAAAGAACACGAGAUCACUUGCACUAAGGAAAGAGAGAGAGAGAGAGAGAGAGAAAGAGAGAAAUAGAGAGAGAAAAGUAAUAUUUCUAUACAUAUAAGAGACGAGCAUACAUAUCUUAACGACGUUGACGAUUUAUAGUAUAUUUUGAUCAUACGAAAAGCCGGAACAAAAAGUCGAUGGCUAAGGAGAAGAGCAGAAAGAAGACGAAGAUAUAACCGAAAAAACAAUCGUGACAGGCACAAUAAUAAACGACCUUAAAAACAGAAUAUAGUAUAAUUAACGAUAGAUUUAAAAAAAUAUAUAAUAGUGCGAUAAGACUAGAGACGGGGUCCCGGUGGAUUCGUAUCGUUGAAAUUUUGUAUGCCGGCGGUGUAUUAUCGACGAGGAAGCAUGUACGAGGGUGGCAUGGCUGGUGAACGACAGAUUUCCACGUUAAUCUCACAUAGAGAACGACCGCUAUGCUCGGACCGGAGUUUGCGAGCGGUCGCCAGAGUCGGCCAGGCGGUAAAUUUGGCGGUCGAGAGAUUCGUGACCGUUGGCGAAACUAUCGCAGACGACAACCCGGAGAUCAAACAAGACAUGUACGAGGCGUGCAAGGAAGCGAGAGUUGCGGGCUCAGCAAUCGAGAAAUUAUGCGAAUGUGCCUUGGAAGACAGCUUGGCUGACCGAGGCUCCGUCGUAAGAGCUGCCAGAUGUCUCCUAGGCUCAGUGACAAAAGUCCUCCUCCUGGCAGACAUCGUCGUGGUCAAUCACGUGCUUCACGCCAAGGAUAAGGUCGCCCGCAGUCUCGGGCGCCUCGAAAGUGUCUCGAAUUUCACGGAAUUCGUCAAGGCGUUCAGCCAAUUUGGAGGAGAGAUGGUCGAGUUGGCGCAUUUAACGGGUGAUCGUCAGAAUGAUCUCAAAGAUGAGAGGCGACGCGCGCAGAUGGCAGCGGCUCGACAAGUGUUAGAGAGGAGCACCAUGAUGCUACUCACGUCUAGCAAGACAUGUCUAAGGCAUCCUGAAUGUCCAUCCGCUAAGGAGAACAGAGACACCGUUUUUUGCCAAAUGAGAAGAGCGAUGGAUCUGAUACAUUACGUUGUCAAGGAUGGAGUAUUAGACUGCAGCGAAUCUCAGUCCUACUCGAAUUCACAGAGUCCGCAGCAGGAAGACUGGGAUAGUAGUACCGUUUGCUCAGCUUUGAAACACUUCGAAAGGCUCGUCGAAACAACGAGGAUGACCCUACUGGGACCGGGCUGUCGCGAAACACUUACAUCGGCGCUCGAGACAGUGGUCGAGAGAACGCAAGACUUCACCGACAGCGCUUAUACGAGUCACGAGCACAGAGAAAAUAUCCUUCUGCUUUGCGAUCGCGCGAAACUCGAGCUCAAUACACUCUUGCGGAUCGGCAAUAGUAUGAAUUACGAGGGCGGCGGGGGUUCACCUAGCUCAGAAAUGGAACAAGCGGUAAUGGGUGUGUUACGGGCGACCAGAGAUCUUCGCCAGCAACUCAGCUCGACGACGAUGGAACAGGCCGGCGAUCUUGGCCAAGUGACAAAAGCCGGCCAGGAACUCGUGUCAACGAUCAGAAAUCUCGCGUUGGCCAAUGACAUCGACCGUCUGCAGGAGAGCAGCGACAGGUUCCACGAGUAUAUCGAACACAUUCUCGAAGUAUGCAAACUUCUAAGACACGUUGCACUUUCGGAAUCGUUGCAAGUGUCGGCCAAGUUCACGGAGAUCAACUUAAGAAUAUAUGGUCCUCAGGUCGUAACGGCCGCGCACACGCUAGCUAGGCAUCCCACCAGUAAGAUAGCUAAAGAAAAUCUCGAAGUAUUUGCUGACAUGUGGCAAUGGCUCAUGACUGACGUGACGACAGUAGCGAAAGAUGUUUUGGAACUCAGUCAAAACCGGCCAGAGAAGCAGGUUUACAUGUCUUUGCCGCGGCCAGGGAAACACGGCACGACGAGCAAGCCACUAAAGCCAGUGCGGUUGGACAGCGAGGAGCAAGCGAAGAUCGCCAAAGCGGGUCUCGAGAUGAAGUUGAUCACUUCGGAGAUGGAUGCCGAGACGGAAAAAUGGCAGGAGAGCGGAAGCGCUCUGGAAGAGAACAACGACAUUGUGAAGCGGGCGAAGAACAUGUCAUCGAUGGCAUUCUCGAUGUACCAAUUCACGCGAGGCGAAGGGGCCCUGAAAACUACCCAGGACCUGUUCACCCAAGCUGAGUAUUUCGCCGAGGAGGCAAACAGAUUGUACAAAGUUGUGAGACAAUUCAGUUACCAGGUACCAGGUGGGCCGCACAAGAAAGAACUCUUGGAAAAUCUGGAUCGAGUGCCGACGUACGUUCAGCAACUGCAAUUCACCGUGAAGAAUCCUACCGUCGGCAAGGCCGCCACUUUUACGAAAGUCGACAAUGUCAUACAAGAAACGAAAAAUCUCAUGAAUGUGAUCUCGAAGGUGGUCGCAACGUGUUUCGUCUGCGCCACAAAGCACAAUCUCGUCAUGCCGCAAUACAUGGAGCUCAGCCCGACGACGGUGCCCGGCCAGGCCGAAGAGGAUUGUUUGUAUCCGAUUAGCCCGCAAUUGUUGCCCUCCACGAGCCCUUACGUGCAACCCCAUCCACUCACGUCCGCGCAAUUUCACAGUAUCCUGAAACCACCCCCCAGCCUGAGCCUGUCCCUGCUCCCCUUCAAUUACAGCCCGGGGCACCCCAAUGCUGGGUUGUCCCGAAAUUCCGGCUCCUUCGUGCAUCCGUCCGUCUUACCGUACACAACGCCCGGAACGCAGCAGCCAUCCUACUGCCUGCAGAAUCUGCAGCUUCUCCAACUGCAGCUGCACCACGCACAACUGCAGCACUUAAAACACGCAACGCUACCGAGAUAAUAGCAGCCUUGUGUAAUACGUCGUGCCGUAGCACGUGGCACGUGGCACGUGACACUGUCGUUUCACGCGCACGCACGCACGCACGCACGCACACGUCGAGAACACUACACUUUCUUCGUACAGGUUCGACCUUGGUUUCAUUUCAGCUUCUUCGUUUUAUUCUGAAUCACCCGAUUUCGAACUUCGAUCACGCUAUUAAUUACAUCGAAUCGUCGUAAUUUCGUACUCGCAAUAACACGUAUUUUUAUCGCGACAGAAAGAUUGCAACACUGUCUCUUUCCUUGGCACGAGUUUCAGAAUGAAUUUCAGGAUACAUAGAGAUGGACAGAUUGUUUUUGCGAUUACCUAAUUCUAAUCAUUCGCUAUACUUAUUGAAAAGUAACGUUACGAUCGAUAUUACGACGAAUCCAUUGUCUUUUAGCUUUUAACUUCGCGGCUUCUCAUUCUUUACCUUACUCUAGACUUUAUUAUAGCUGACAUUAACAUUAUUUUCAGCUUCUUUUUUUAAUUUUUUCUUUCUUUUUAAAUAACUCGCGUGUGCACCGAUUUCGCUUCGAUUUAACGAUACAACACAAUAUACCAAUACCCAUGACAGAUCUACCCAGUGAUAUGAUCAUGUAAUCGAUUUGAAUUAAUCCAUUUUCAGCUACCUUUACAGGAAUGGCUACACCAUGUAUCUCGUAAUAAAAUCUAAUAUUUCUUCCUGCAAUAAUCUCAAAUACUCUGACAAACAAAUAUCAUCUUUACAGAAAAAUUAUUGUUUUUUAUUGUUCGACGCAAUAAAAAUUCUCUAAAUUAAUUACAAUAUGUAUCACGUAAAAUGUCACAUUGAAUUAAAAUUAAUUCGUUGUAUCUUUGUCAGAGUAUACGAUCCUUGUUACAUACUAGAUCACAAACAGACUCGCCAAGUAUGACGGCAAGAGCGUAACAGUGCAACAGCACGCGCGUGACAUCUUCUUGAGAAUAUACAUAUCUAACAUAUCUCUAAUAACUUUCGAAUGCUAAAACUUUGAAGGAUAACAUUAUUAUCCUUCGAUCGGAAGCUCGUGGGAAAACCGAAUAGAAAUUCGGUCUUAGAGACACGCAUCAAUUUUUCGUGUCAGAUGGUCUAGGACCUAGGACUUUCGGCGAGCUUCCGCUCGAUAUCUUUCGAUCUCCCAAGUGACCCCCGCGAGCGAGAGCCCGCCGCGCGCCGGGGGCUCGCGUCUCAUGUACGAUAUAUAAUAACCUUUCGUCUUCCUACGUC